GGUUGGUCGAUAGUUUUGUAAAAAUGUCUGCACGUUUGUAUAACGCCUGCCGUUUAUUUUCCACAAAUUUAAUUAAAAAUGCCAUAAACAAGAAUGCAGUGGGCGGCAAAAGCCUUGUGGAGAGCGUAGCGGUAACAAAGGAUGGAAAAACCAUCGUCGCCUGGCACCCGGAGACUCCGUUUCCAUAUGAGCACACAAAGCCACUGCCGGUAUUCGCUGAGAAACAAAGUUCCCAAGUGAUAAAAGAAGCGGCGCUGGACUCUGCCAUGAGUGCAUUUAAGAACAAGCAUCCAGAGGUGGCACGUCAGGAAUUGAUGAAGCUAACGCACACAACAAAGCACCGUUGGUUCCCACGUGCGCGCGACAAAAAGGCCAAGAAGACACCCAUGGACCGGCCGUACUUGUAAAUUUGUUGUAUUACAUAAGUGCGCUAUAUAAAUAAAUGUUACAA